CAAAUACGCUCAGUCGCAACGGAUUCGCGAGAGUGAGCGCAACGUGUACGGUAUUUGAGUAGACGGCAAAACGCGAAAAAACCCAAGUAGUUUGGAAUACAUAAAGGGCCUGACACAAAAAGGGAGCACACUUGCACCGUGUUGCGGUGUGUGGCAAAAACAAUUUGUGAUACUGUGUGAGGCAGGAAUUUGUGCAAAGUAAAAGAUCUUGCUACAAAAUUUCCUUUCGAAACGCGCAGACAAGUUUUUGUGGUAGUAGAUCGCAUGUCUGCUUGCUUUGUGGCUUUUGUUUGUUUUCUUUGGUUUGUUUGGCCGAUGAUUGUGUGCUUGCGGUUGAGCUUCACUUUGAGCGCAACAAAAUGCCGAAAACCAUUGUGAAAACUGGUUUCUGAAAAUUGCGCGUACGCAUGCGCACACCGCUUAUUGGCAAUGCGGAGAGGGCUGGCGACGUUCGAGCGGUUUUGUUUACAAAUUUUCAACUUAAUGAUGAGAAAUUUUGUUUUAAGGUGUAAAAAAGCGUGGAAAUAAUAAUACAAGUCGUUGGUGGAUUGAGUGAAAUGAGAAAAUUUUAUAUGAACAAGUGCACGCUAACAAAUUGUUUGUGUACGAAUGUUGCAAAAUAAAAUAUAAACACGUUAACAUAAAAAAAAAAUUAAUAAUUAUUUUAUUGUUUAUAUUGCAAUUUUAUACUAUCGCAACAUGUUGCACAGAGUAUAAUAGUUUCGUUCACCUAACGGUUGUUUAUAUCGACUCCGUUCGUCUGACCGACUGUCCGUCUGUGCAAGCGAUGACUUGUGUAACAAUUAAGAUAUAUUGAUGAACGUAGUUUCACGCGGUCCUUGGCACCCAAGGAGAGUUAGUAUUGUAGAUGGUCGGAAUCGGUUCAUUGCCACGCCCACAAAGUGGGUGAAAACAUAUAAAGUUUUUUAAUUAAAUAAUUAGUUUAAAUCUCUACAGUAUUUAAUGAAUUAAAAAAUAUAAAACAAAAAUUUUAAUUACACAAAAAAUGAAUUAAUAAAUUUGAAAAAAAUCUUAGUUAAUAAUUAAUUAGAACAUAAAAUAAAUAAUAAUUAUUACAAAGUCUGUAAUUUAUAAUUACUAUAAAUUUAUAUAAUCUUAUAUUCUGAUAAUAUCAAGUUCAAUUCACCAACAGAAUUCUCAGCGGAAAUACUAUAAGUGUCGCUCAAUUAAAAACGGAUCGAUUGCCACUCAAAACUAAAAAAACAAUACUGGGUACAACAACAAAAGUUGCAAAUAGCACGUGCUCUUAACGACAUUCACAUAAUAUAUACACAUACACAUGAAAAAGAGUCAAGUGACAAACGUAAACGUGCAACAAAUGAUUAGUUGUCGCCGCUGUUGACAGCAACAAUCAGACAGAGGCAUAAAAAACUGAAACAAAAUAAACAAACGAAAGAGUUUAGCGGCAAGCGCUUGCAGAGAAGAAAAAAAAAAACAAUUAAGACUACCAACCAGUGUGUUGCAGAGCGCAUAAGCGGACGCAGCACGUCGUUAGUCAACUAGUUCGUUGCAACAUUAAUUAACAGACAUAAAUUUACAACAACAAGAAGCAAAAGUAUACAACUGAGAGUACUCGCUCAGUUUGUUCCAACCUACGGUGCAACAACAAUGGGCACACGUGUUCCACCACCUUGCCCCACACCAUUACACUGCGAUCAGGCUGCUAUGGCUGGCCUGCCGCAGCUCAUCACCGACUUGCAACGUCUGUCCGAGGAUCAGGAGAGCGCCGAUUUAGUAUUCAUUUGCGGACGUGAGGAGGAACGUAUUUAUGCGCAUCGCAUAUUGUUGAUGGCACGCUGCAAGAGCUUUAAGACGGCUAAGCGUGGCGAAAUCUGUCGCAUACCCGGCUGUUCUGUGUCACCUGCAGCGCCCGGUACACCCACACCCGUGCGACUGCCACAUGUCAAUCCGGAUGUAUUUCGCCAAUUCAUCGUGUAUGUCUACACCGCGAAGAUUAUGCUGCAAGAUUCACGCGUUUUCGAGAUGAUGACACUGGCGCAAGAUAUGGGCGUGGAAGAAUUGCGUGCGGCUUGCGAAGAUCAUGUAAUUUCAACACUGUCAGUAGACAAUGCAUGCACAUUUCUCACGUCCGUCAUGGAAAUACACGAAAAAGCAGGUGCAAAAUGCGCCGCUUCCUUUAUGGAGCGCUGCAUUAUCUACAUUGGCGAGAAUGCUAGCGAGUGUGCUAAGACUAAUGCCUUUCUCAACUUAACCAAGGAUGCAUUAGUCAAACUAAUAUCUUCUGAUUAUUUUUGCCUCGAAGAGGAAGAUGUUUGGCGUUGUGUGCUCGCCUGGGCUAAGAAUCAAGCUGGUGUCACACAACCCACCGCUCAUUGGACGGAAGAGGAACGUGCGCGCGUUUGCCAGCACCUAUCGGGCGUAAUGUGUCAUGUGCGUUUGUUGUUAAUCGAUAGUCAAGUAUUUGCCGAAGAAGUAGAACCUACCGGGGCUGUGCCUAUGGAAUUGUCGUUGGAACGUUAUCGUUAUGCAGCUUUGCAUUCGAAUAAGGGAGGUGGUGGUGUUGGUGGUGCACAAAUGCUGCCCUCCAUACCGGGUAUGACCGAAGAUGAUAAGCGUUUACAGCCCCGCUUGACAGUUAACAUGUUUCCUGGUUCACAGUUGUUGCGCAAUGAUAAACUACAUUUACAGAGUGUGCUAAACGGAUGGUAUGGUAUGCCCAAACAAUCUUGGCGUUUGGUAUUCCGCGCAUCAACGCAUGGUUAUUCAUCCAGCGCUUUUCAUCGUUACUGCGAUGGUGUAGCACCCUGUUUCGUUAUUGGCAUUGGCUCACGUGGUGAACUAAGCGGUGGCUAUACUGAUGUUGCCUGGGCCAAAACGAGUCGUAAAGGGGGUUACAUACAUUCAGAACGUGCUUUUCUGUUUGCGCUUAAUCCCGUUGGCGGUGAUUCACCGGUGAAGUUCGAUAUUAUCAAAAAACCCUAUGCGAUCUGUUAUCAUCCAGACUGCGGCCCAAUUUUUGGUGCUGGCGCCGAUUUACUUAUUGCCAACAAUUGCAACACUAAUAUGGAUUCUUAUUCGAAUUUACCGCACUCAUAUGAUGGUCCAAAUGCCGCUUAUUUAACACUCUUUGGGGAUUACAAUUUCACGGUGGUCGACUAUGAAGUUUACACGUUGGCCACAAAUUCAACAGCUGCUAGUGGUGUAAUAGGCGGCGGCAGCACAGGAAAUAAUGGUCACAAUAGCGUUUCGGGCAAUAACGGCAGCAACAACAAUAAUAAUAACACAUCCUACAGUAAUGCUGGCAAUAACAAUAGCAGCGGCAAUUUGUCAUCAAAUGCUGUUGGCGGUGGCAAUGCUGCUGGGGUGGGUGGCAACGGUAGUGGUGGUGGUGGCACUGUCAGCGGCGGCAUGCACAAACCAAAAUAUGAGCGAUAUUGAUGUAUGUUUCUGAGUACUUAUGCUUUUAUUAGUAUUUCUAUAUAUCUAAGUACCAUUUGUGCCUUGAAUUAAUUUGUCUUACUUUUGUAGUUUUUUAGCGUGUGGUAUAAUGCGUGCUUCUGUAGCAGUUAAAUAAUUUUGCUAUAUCUCUAUUUUUGCUAUUAAAAAUUUUAAUUUUCUAUGAAA